GGACCAUUUUGACAGAGAGAGAGAGAGAAGAAAAAAAAAUAAUAAUAAACCCCGCUCUACUCAGCAAACGUCCACGAGUAGCGGUAAUGCAGAGAGGGAUACGAGUCUGGUCGCCACGGUCCGCUGGAAACAAGGGAGCAGCAAGUUGUCAAGAUACCACCGAUCACGACGGAAAACGCGUCCGCUGGCGGGAGUUUACCGCUGAGGCGUCGGAUGGAUGAUGAGGAGGAGGACAUGUCGCGGCCCAUCUCGCAGCCCUGGGGAACGCCCUUUAGGGACGUCAAAUACGAAGAGCGAGCCACGCAGAUCGCAGCCGGACAGGCCUUCGCCGCCGUCACUGCCGCCGUGUCCACGUCGCAGAGGCACAGCAGCAACAGCGUCAGCACGCUGCCCUGCGGCAUACACCGGCGGCCCCGCAUACCUUUUCACGGCAACGCUGGAUUGCGCUCGCAUUUUCCCGCUCAGUUUGAGCCCAUGGAGGACCGGGGAGAGAGGCAGAGUGAAGAAGAAGAGGAAGAGCGCAGAGGAGAAGGAAAUGACAGGAUGGCGGAGGGGCCCGGGGAGCAGGCGGGCGUGAGCGUUGAGGUGCAAAUCGGACGUAAACUCCGGGAGAUCGGAGACAAGUUCCACCAGGAUCACGUUGAACUGCUCGUGCGGCAUCAGCGGCAGAACCUGCCCGUCUGGAUGCGCCUGACGAUGGCCCUGUUCGGCUUCCUGUUCCCCAGAGAGGUGGCCAUUCCCCGCCUGAGAGGAGGAGAGCAGAGAUGAAGGGACUUCCCGCUGGCCCCCCCCCCCGCCCCCCCCGUUUUCCCAAACGGAGGCGAGGGGGUCGGACUUUUAAGAGAUGGCACUGUAAGAUGGAACACGGGUUCGGAUUCUGUUUUCUAACUGAUUACGAAGAUGAGAUGAAGAAGAAGACACUGGUCACCGCUGGACGGAGACUGAUUUGCAAUUUUUCUUUCGUUGACUUUUUUUUUUUUUUUUUUUUUUUUCCUUUUUCGCCUCUCCAAGAAGAAGCCAUUGCGUUUGAAGAGAUAUUUUCGAAAUAUUGAUCAGAUUACCUAUUUUGUACAGUAAACUGCUCUUUUUAUUUGGUGUUUUCAAAUCGUCUUGAAGGACCUCCAUCAGUCCGGGGAAUGCCUUAUUCUCUCCUGCCACAGUACAGACUGAGAUGAGAUUUUUGAGAUUAGGCCACUUUUCUUGGUGACAGACUGUGGACGUGGACAUUUCUGUGCUGAAGUUACUGAUUUCGAAACCUUGAGGACUCGAGGCACAUUUCUAAUUUAUUCUCCGAAAAAAAAACAAUAAGCCCUGUACUUAUCCUUUCCUGUUCCACACUGGCUAAUUUGAAAAUGGUUGUUGUGGCGUUGUAACGCGCCGGUGUCGCACUGUUGGUCAGUCUAGAUGCCCGUUUUUACCAGCUUCCACACUCCAGACGCACGGACGCUACAUCAAACCCCGCGUCUUUCACCGGUGUCAUUCAUCAGCAUCUCCAUUUGCAGCACCACUCGCGUCGUUAGAGGCGACCUAACGACCCACUGUGUAGAUUGAGACACUGUCGAUUUUAAAGCGUGUAUACUUGAACUUAGGUGUACUGAAGAUAUUUUAGCCGAGUAAUUCCGAAGAUCCUGCAUCGCCCGCCCCGGUCGCGAUUCGCGGUCACGUGUUUUGUUGGUGUGUGUGCUUACUGUUUGCGAAAAUCUGCAAUCGUUCUGAAAAAAACCAAAUAAGCACAAAGUCAAAACAAAUCUCACUUGUGAGGUUGCGAUCAGGGAACUGGGAACAAUCGAGACAGCUGAAAACCUUUUUUUUUUGACGAACGGCACCACUCUCCAGAGGUUUCCAGGAUUUAUUUUGCUAGCCGGAUUGACAAUCGUUAUUUUGCCCCCUCGCUGCGAGAGAGAGAGACGACGUUUUAUCGGCGACACCCCCCCCCCCCCCGGAAAGGGGUGAGCAAUACUCGAGCCCGUGGAAGCAGUAACAAGUGAUCGGCUGGAUUUGCAAUCAAACUGACUGAAGGACGCUCCUCGCAAAAAAAAAUAUGCCUGCAUCUGCAAUGACGCGCGCGUCUCGCUCACGAGGUCCUUUUGUUACAGAAGUAUUUGGGGUCACGUUCCAGAUAUGCAUUUUUUAUUUAAUCACACUCCAGGUGCACUGAUUCAAACCUGACGCGUAUGAGAUAAGUCAAACUGCCGGUGGUAGAUUCAGAACUGUGUACAGUUUCAGAAAGUUUUUUUUUUUUUUUUUUUUUUUACGAACACACGCAGACACAUCUGGGUAUGGGAGAACGUUUUUACAUCCAUUUUAAGCGACGACUGCUACUUUAGUGCAACACUCUGAAGCGACGCGCCCGCCGUUCCUCGAUGCUAAGUCUCCGAGGACUUUAAAUAUGAUCCGAUGUCUUAUUUCAGGCUGUUGUAGAUUCACGGUAGGAGCUCUUGAAGACACUGAUGGGUUUUUUAUUUUUUUUCUUUAUGUUUCCUUCAGGGAGUAGUUAAUAACCACGUUAAUUAUCAGACGAGCGGCUUUAGACCAGACACGGCUGUUACCCUUUCAUUGAUGCAGUAGACGCCGCUGGACAAGCAAAGAUGUCUCCUUAGAUGUUUUUUUGUUUUUUUUUUCCCACUCAACGUCAGCACGGACGUGUGUUACAGAUCGUCAGGUUUCCUUUCUUCUUUUACUCCAGGAGUAGCCGAAAAACCAAAUGUUUGUUUCCUGCAAACACUGAACGCUGAGCCAAUUCAGACAGACACAUUCUCUCGCCCCUCGGUCCAAGGCCUCUCACGUUUUAACUACUCCCUGUGCUCAACGAGAACAAGUUUCUUUUCGUUUUUGGUUUCCUUGAGAUAAUUUAUUCUAAUUUAUUUUUGUGUAUAUCUGGUCAGUGCUACUGUAUAGAUGCUAUCUCAGUGUGUACAGUCCUUUUUCUUCUCAUUGUCGAGGUGCACUCGGUUGCGUGUGUGUGUUUGGAAGCCUGCGUGCGGGGAGGUCGGACUAAAGCCAUGUGCCUCGUGCAUUCUCACACGACACGGUGUGAGUCUCUUUACAAAUCACACCGAGAACAGACAAUCAAAUAUGUAGAAAACGUGCCUUGUGAGUGAGUAGCCCGACCUGCCACAUCAUCAUCACCCUCCGACACUUGGCAUAAUUACCCAAAGCCACCGGUCACAGCUCUUGUCUUCGCUCUGUGAGAUCAACACACGAGUGAUUCGGGGAAAAAAAAAAAAAAAAAAAGAAAGAAAAAAAGAAGUUUGAUUUCUCAGAUCAGCUCACGAGGCACAGGCUCAACCUUUGACAUCUCUCAGCACACCAUGCAAAACCUUCUCAAUAUCAGAAACGACUGUUUGCAAUCAAUGUGCACUGUAAAAAAAGAAAAAAGUUUUUUUUUUUUUUAAAUCUGUAUACAGUUCUUUGCGCCUCUCUCUUUCUACUCCUGUGCUGAACUCCCCCCCUCUAGAUUCUAACAUCUGUGAUAUGCUGGAUCGGCCCAGCUCGCCUGGGUCCUUUGUGCUUUAUUUUCUACAGUCCAGCAGGGCUGUGGGUUUGCAUUUGAAGGAAGAAUGAGCCACCGCGGUGCCCAGUAUUAGUUGUACGCGAGAUGGGGUUGAUCUGAUCCGAAACCAUCGACUCAAGUGAAUCUCUUCUUACACGUUCAACCUUCAGUGUCUUUAAUAUCCGAUUUUUUUCUCAAUCCGUUUUUGAAUAUCCGAGAAAGAGUGCAUCUUUGCUGUCAAGUGCUGUGAUUUGGUGUUUUUUAUACAUUAGACAUGAAUUUGACACGGCUAUUGUUGCUAUCUUUAUAAACAAAAAAAAAGAAAAGAAAAGAAGAAGAUUUUGGCAAAAGUUUUUCCAUACCUUUUUGUAACAAGUCGAAGAAAGAACUACGACGACUUUUACUUUUCUAUGAUGGCUUUUUUUCAAUGUUGUGGCAUUUUAAAAUUUGGAUAUUGCCAAGUCUGCUUCGUCACUCUCAGUUCAAGGGCUUUUUUCGAUAAAUGUAAAUGGAGUAAAAAUGCAUGUCCAACAUUCCUAAAAAAGACAAAAAACAAUAAAAUAAAAAAAAUAAAAAUGAAAAAAAAAAAUCGAAAAAAAAAAAUUCUGUAACCUAAGGGUUUGAAUGUAAUUUAAUGGAGUGAAAAACCACAAUAUCUCUUAUAAGACGUGAAAUGAACAGUGGAACUUAUUUCAGACUCUUCGCGCGAGAGUCUAUAUUGUCUUCACAUUGCUUUCUUUGGUUUCAGAGUGGUCUCAAGGAUUUCACAUUCAUGUGUCCAAUGAAGUGAGACCCAGUCCAGAUGUAGCAGUUUUUUCUUUUUUUUUUUUUUCUUUUUUUUUUGAUAAACCAUUGGCUGUGCUAUCUUUGGGACUGCUCUGUUUUCUCCUGUGCGCUUUUCGAACGGCGCAGGUCACUGGAGCGAUGGUGGGAUCGGAGGAGGUCGGGGGGGCGGGGAGGGGUCAGGGUGGGGUAUGGAGGGGGGGGUUGUUUGUUCUUUUUCUAGUGCAAUAUGCUGUACAUACGAGCUUGGCUCACAAAACCUUACAACUUCUCUUAAUUUCUUUUGUUGUUAAAUGGGUACUUGCUGUUUUUUUCAUUAAAUCUUUAUGGACAUUUGA